CCUUCUGUUGUCUUAGUUCGGAAAGAGAUGGCAAGUUCUUCUGGCUCCUGGUUCUCUAGCGGCCUCAUCACUCUGGUCUUCCUGCAGAUGCCUGCGCACCUGUCAGGAGAUGUCAGCAAGUUCCUCCUGGUCCCGCUAGGGGGCACAGCCGAGCUGCCCUGCCCUGUGUCCUUCGGGCCGGCGGUGGUGCCCAAGGAGAUAAGGUGGCUGCGGCCCUCUCCAUCGCAGCGCUCCCAGGCUGUUCGUAUGUUCCGGGAUGGAAAAGACAGGGAUGAAGAGCUGAUCCCGGAAUAUAAGGGCAGGACGGCGCUGAUGAGAGAUGCCCGGGAGGGAAGUGUCACUCUGCAGAUCCGCAACGUGACCCUUGAGGACCGAGGUCCAUACCAAUGUCAGAUCCAGGUCGGAAACCUGAGUCGAGAGGGCACCGUGACCCUUCAGGUUGCAGUUCUAGGUUCUGAUCCCUACAUCCACAUGAAGGGCUACGACGCUGGAUGGAUACAGCUUGUGUGCAGGUCCGUGGGAUGGUUCCCCCAGCCCUGGGCUGAAUGGAGAGACCCUGAAGGCAGGGUGCUUCUAUCCCUGUCUGAGGCCCACUCCCUGGAUGAAACUGGGCUCUUCCGAACAACUGUGUCCAGCAGAGUCAGGGACAGCGCUCUGGGGAAUGUGUCCUGCAUCAUCCGCAACAUGGUCCUUGGCCAAGAGAAGACCACAGCCAUGGUUAUAGAAGCCCCAUCCCCAGGAAAGCUGUCCUCCUCAGCAGUGGCUCUGGCUGUAGUCCUGCCAGUCCUGGGACUGCUCAUCACAGCAGGUAUUUGCCUCAUCUGGAAGCAAAGAAGAUCAAAAGAAAAGCUUCUCUAUGAACAGGUGAUGGAGGUAGAAAAUCUUCUUGCAGACCAUGCAAAAGAAAAAGGAAGACUCCAUAAAGGCCUAAAGAAACUCCGGAGUGAACUGAAGUUAAAAAGAGCUGCAGCCAACUCAGGCUGGAGAAGAGCCCGGCUACAUUUUGUGGCAGUGACCCUGGACGCAGACACAGCGCAUCCCAAACUCAUCCUAUCUGAGGACCUGAGAUGUGUGAAGCUUGGUGACAGAAAGCAGCCUGUGCCAGACAAUCCCCAGAGAUUUGAUUUCGUCGUCAGUGUUCUGGGCUCUGAGUACUUCACGGCUGGCAGUCACUACUGGGAAGUGUACGUGGGAGACAAGACCAAAUGGAUCCUUGGGGUGUGUAGUGAGUCAGUGAGCAGGAAGGGGAAGGUCACUGCCUCACCCGCCAACGGACACUGGCUUUUGCGACAGAGUCGUGGAAAUGAGUACCAAGCUCUCACCUCCCCGCAGACCUCCUUCCGCCUGAAAGAGCCUCCAAGGUGUGUGGGGAUUUUCCUGGACUAUGAGGCAGGAAUCAUCUCCUUCUACAAUGUGACCGACAAGUCCCACAUCUUUACUUUCACUGACAGUUUCUCUGGCCCCCUUCGCCCUUUCUUUGAACCUUGUCUUCAUGAUGGAGGGAAGAACACAGCACCUCUAAUCAUCUGUUCAGAACUACAGAAAUCAGAGAACUCAGUUGUCCCCAAGCCAGAAGGAAAAGGCCAUGCUAAUGGAGAUGUGUCCCUGAAGGUGAACCCUUCCUUACUACCCCCUCAAGGCCCGGAGCUUCUCCCAGUGGUGUCCUGGUCCUCUGACCUUGGCCCAGCCCUUCAGGGGUUCAAGGCUCCUUCUUUUUAGGAAUGUGCCUCAUGACCUGUUCCCAUGACACCCAGCCCAGGACCCUGAAUUUCUGUUUCUUGGUCCACACUGGAUUCUGAGAAUCUCUUCCCUUUAACUGAAAUCCAGAUCCUUUUGUGAUGUCAGUUUGUACCACUUCUCUUCCGGAGCUCAAUUCUGAAGCCUGCCUUUCUUUUAGGGUUCCCGUUACCCUGAAAAAAAAAUGCUUGGUUUAGGUGAUGUUGAAUAGGUGACCUCAAGAUUCGGUGGAGGUUCAGGGGACAGGGUCCCCUCCUCGAGGGAUAUUCAUGAGUACUUGCUCCUUACUCACUCUGCAUUUGUAUUUUCAGUGGUGUAAUUAGGUCCUCAGACCCUAACUUCUUAUUCUAUCAAGGAUUGUUUGCCCCCCCACACACACCCCUGGCCCCAUCUUUCUCUUUCUCACUCUCAGUUCAGACCUCUAGCCCACAAAGUCAACUUUUUAAGAAUAAAUAUGU